AGGCGGACGGAGGGAGGGCAGCAGCUCACCGGAUCCUUCAUGAGGGAAGAGGCCAGGGACAGCCAGCCAGCCCCGGCUUCUCCUUCUCUUCACUAAUAUAUUCCUCGUUUCGCUUUUGCGAGUCAGGCCCGAGCUCGGGGCCGCUUUCGGCUUCGUAGGAUGUCCCGUCAUGAAGGGGUGAGCUGCGACGCGUGUUUGAAAGGCAACUUCCGGGGCCGACGCUACAAAUGUUUAAUCUGCUACGACUAUGACCUGUGCGCGUCGUGCUACGAGAGCGGCGCCACCACCACCAGACACACCACGGAGCACCCCAUGCAGUGUAUAUUGACACGGGUCGACUUUGACUUGUAUUACGGCGGAGAAGCCUUCUCGGUGGAGCAGCCCCAAGCCUUCACGUGUCCCUACUGUGGCAGGAUGGGCUACACCGAGUUGUCCCUGCAGGAGCACGUGGCCGCGGAGCACACGGAGACCUCCACAGAAGUGAUCUGCCCCAUAUGUGCAGCGCUGCCGGGCGGAGACCCCAAUCAUGUGACGGAUGACUUUGCUGCCCACCUCACACUUGAACACAGAGCACCCAGAGACCUGGACGAGUCGAGCGGCGUGCGGCACGUGAGGCGGAUGUUCCACCCCGGGCGCGGACUGGGCGGCCCCCGUGCCCGCAGGUCAAACAUGCACUUCACCAGCAACACCACUGGGGGGCUCUCGACCAGUCAAAACUCCUCUCAAAGCUCCAGUUACAGCCGGGAAGCCAUGGACCCCAUAGCAGAGCUUUUAUCGCAGCUGUCGGGCGUGCGGCGCUCGGCGGGCGGCCAGCUUAGCUCGGGCCCAUCGGCCUCGCAGUUGCAGCAGCUCCAGAUGCAGCUCCAACUGGAGCGGCAGCAGGCGCAGGCGGCGCGCCAGCAGCUCGAGACGGCGCGCAACGCCACGCGCGGCGGGCGCGCCAACGCCAUCCUCAACGCCAACUUGUCCGCCGCCGCAAACAACCCCAACCUGAGCGCCAACCACAACAGCAAUCCCGGAACCAACGUCGGCCCUUCGGAGAGCCCCCCUCAGCACACGGCGCACAGCUCCCACUUUCUCCUCAGCAGGCUGAGCGAAGCGCGCGUGUCCGAGGCUGAGCGUCAGGCGUGUGAGGCGCAGUGGGCGGAUAGGAGCUUGUUCGUGACGGAGCUACUCCUGUCCACGCUUCUGGCGGAGCACCACCACCAUCACCACCACCACCGCGACGACAUCGACGACGACAUCGCCGACCGCCGCCGCCGCCAUCCCGGGUCGCUGCGCAACUUUGCUGACUUCCAGUCCAUGGGCUGCAUGGAGGUGAUGACGCUGGACGUGGCGCUGGAAAACCUCAACCUCAAAGAGAACAGCGCCGCCGCCCCCCCUGCCAAGAAAGAGCCGCCUGCCCCGUCCCUUUGAUGGAGCAAAUAAAACCCCAAAACAAAACAAAACAAAAAAAACUGCGAAUUCCCCCCAAAACCCUCACCCCCCGUUUUUGUUUCUUUUUACUCUUUCUUCACUGAUUUUGUCAUUUCAGCCCUCCUCCUCUCCCCAUGUCCGUGUGUACGUGAAAUAUAAGUUAGACGAGUGAAUGUGAGAGAGAACUCUAUAAAUCUAUUAUUAAAAAAAAAAAAAAUGCAAAAGCAAAUCUAUAUGAAAGUUGAUAAUCACUUAACUCACACGCUGGCCGCGAAAGAAGGCCACUAAAUAAAACAAAAAACUGCUGUUA